AUGCCACCGUCUGCUUCUACCGCUUCCUCUCAGGUGACGAGUGAGCUUACCGGCCCUUAUCGGCCCUGUCGUCGCCUCCUCAGGUCCGAAUCUGGGAAACCUGACUGCCGCUCAGCAGGAGCUCUGAUGGCUUCUCGCACCGAACCUCUUCCUCCUUGCGGAUCCACUCUCCCGAGUCAGGCUGCGGGAAAUACAUCCUUGACCUCAGCUUUAGGAGCUGUACCACCAACAGAAGGCCAAGUGCCUACCCAAUCUUUGCCCAGAUCCGCGGUUACUCAACCAGCCUCACACUCCACGAGUGCGGUGGUUGAAGCCUCGGGAAAAGGGAAAAUCAGUCCGAACUCAGUAGGAAAACAACACCUGGAGCAAGCUAUUGCAGAGUUCUAUCAAGACUCUGCGGAAAACUGGAGCCCCAUAAACUCAUCGCACAGGCCAGAUAAACCUGCUCUGCGAUCAGUUCCGACAUGGGUUACACUAACAAAUCUUCCAGAAAAGUUGUUUAACUCAGAUAGUUUGGCCAGACUGGCAUCGUGUAUUGGAGAACCGUUGUACCUGCACCCGGUAAGUGAUGCAAAGGAUUCUUUUAGUUUCGCCAAGAUUUACGUGGAGGUUAGCAUGGCUCAAUCACCCCCAAAACAUAUAGCAAUUACACUGCCCGGGGAGGAGGAAAGAAUUAUCCUGGUUGCUUAUGAGUGGCUCCCACCUAGUUGUGCUCAUUGUGCUGAACUAGGGCACGUCGCUAGGUACUGCCCAAAUAUCCCACAACCGGAGAAUGAUAACCAACCAAUGCAGUCGCACACCCAAUGGAGAAGGAGGCAGUCAAGCUCUGACAAGGGAAACAACCAUGGAAAUCAGGAAGGGGAUGAAGCAAAAUCAGGUAUAGUAGAACAAAGGAAAUCUGAGCAUCUGAGUAAGAAAGCUGAUCCAGCCAUAGCUACAGAGCAGAGUACAACUACUGGUCCUACUGAGUUGAGGAACACAACUAACAUGGAAAUUUCCCAAGAAGGGAGAGUAAACAAGCCACCACAUGACCACUCCUGA